GCUCGCCGGUCUUCCGACCUUGGCGGGCCCCCAACGCCUCGCCAACUCCCUCAGACAGAAGUUCGUCAACAACUCCGGUUACCCCCGGCCCGGCCUGAUGCGCGCCGCCCCAAUCGCGACGAUCUCCUCGUCACGCUCGCUUCCCGAGGUCGCACGACUGGUUGUGACCGCGGUUAGUCCCUUCCACUAAGACAUACAUAAAAAAAUCCCGGAAGACGUUGGUCGCACUUCGCGGACGACUACCUAGGAACCAUGACGACGAUACCGAUACUCAACAUGGAGUUCAGCGAGCUCAAGGAGAUCGUCUGGACAAAACUGCAGGAGCCCAAGUCUCAGCGUAAGCUGAUCCUGGUCAUCGUCUCGAUAGCGUUACUACUGGACAACAUGCUAUACAUGGUGAUAGUACCAAUUAUACCCGAUUACCUUAAAUAUGUCGGAGCAUUCGGAGAAGUAGAGGAGAUAGUCAACGCCAGCGGUCCAGCUAGUCAUCCUGGCCAGGAUUCUGCCACGGGGGUGUUAUUCGCAUCGAAAGCGAUCGUGCAACUGAUGGUGAACCCGUUCUCCGGUGCGCUAAUUGAUCGGAUCGGUUACGACAUCCCCAUGAUGAUCGGUCUCUCCAUCAUGUUCCUCUCGACCAGUGUAUUCGCGUGCGGCAAGAGCUACGGCGUACUGUUCUUCGCGAGGAGCCUGCAGGGCGUUGGAUCCGCGUUCGCUGAUACCGCCGGUCUCGCUAUGAUCGCCGAUCGUUUCACGGAAGAGUCGGAACGCUCGAAGGCGCUUGGCAUUGCCCUGGCGUUUAUUAGUUUUGGCUGUCUAGUCGCGCCGCCAUUCGGAGGAGCACUUUACCAAUUCGCUGGCAAGGAAGUACCGUUCCUGAUAUUGGCGUUUGUCAGCCUGGCAGACGGUUUCAUGUUAUUACUGGUUAUGAAGCCGAUCAAGGAGCAGUUGCAAGAUCGCCAUCACGAACCCAAGUCGACGAUACCGAUCUGGCGGCUGUUGAUGGAUCCGUACAUCGCUGUGUGCGCGGGCGCUCUGAUGAUGUCCAAUGUCGCACUUGCUUUCCUCGAGCCGACGAUAUCGUUAUGGAUGGAGGACACAAUGACGCAUGAAAACUGGAAGAUCGGCAUGAUCUGGUUACCGGCCUUCUUCCCGCAUGUGAUCGGUGUUGUGAUCACCGUGAGGAUGGCUAAGCAGUAUCCGCAAUAUCAGUGGCUGAUGGCGGCGGGCGGCCUCGCACUCGAAGGUCUUUGCUGCUUCAUCAUACCAUUCUGCAGCUCGUAUAAAGUGCUGAUGAUACCGCUGUGCGGUAUCUGCUUCGGUAUCGCGCUCAUCGACACCGCGCUGCUGCCCACGCUGGGCUAUCUGGUGGACGUUAGGUAUGUGUCGGUGUACGGCAGCAUUUACGCGAUCGCCGACAUCUCGUACAGCGUGGCGUAUGCGGUAGGCCCGAUUAUAGCUGGCGGAGUCGUCGAAGCGAUCGGUUUUACCGCCCUUAACGUCGGCAUCGCCUUCUCGAAUUUGCUGUAUGCUCCAGUUCUCUACUACUUGCGUCAUAUCUACGACUUUAAGCCGUUCCAGGAUGAAGCGAACGUGCUAAUGCAGGAUCCGCCUGAUAAAGAAUACCAGACGUACGUGCUGCAAGAGCAGCGACCGAUCACCGGCGAGAUCGGCAACCACCUGAACCAGACGCGUAUGGAGACGAAUAUCGAUCAGGGAUAUGAUCAAAACUAUCAGACGACAGGACAAGUCGGUUACGGCGAUCAGCGUGGUUACGGCAUGCAGAACACGAUCGGUUAUAACCAACCCGCUCACGAACAACCACCAGUAUACAAUCAACCGGCUAGCUACGGUCAAUCCGGCGACUAUGGCCAACAGAGGAAUUACGCGGUCGAGCGUCAGGAUCAGCGGGGCUCCCAGGCUGACGUAAACCCCUUCAGGAGGCCGGAGCCGGCGGAUCAGCGACCAGCCGGGGACAGCAACCCCUUCAGGCAAGGAAUGUACUAAAGCGAUGUCGCUGCCGAGUGUCGUAGCGAUCCAACUGAUCAAGUGCACGUCCUCUUCGCUCGAAAGUGUGUUCGAGUCUUCGUGACAGGCUUCCACGUAUAUCAGCAAGAGAGAAUCGUCGCGGGACAUGGCCGUUCGGCGAAACUCUUGACAAUGAUACCGAUCGAGACGCUCGAUCAGAAGAUUAAAGGAGCUACAGGAUCGUCGAUCGCGCGGUGUCCCGCCGGAUCUCGAUCGUACUCGGAGUAUCGGAGUUGAUGUUUAUCGGGGAUAGCAGAGGCAACGACUUCCAAAGUGAUUUCCUCGGAGCUCUCGCGAUUCAUCUGCGAAAGGUGAAUCCCGACGGUCCUGAUAUACGUUCGAGGUUCCGCGCGCAGCUGGUAAUGCGAAUCGCAAGGAAAGAGGGGAAAGGGAGAUAGGAAACAUUGCUGAGGGAUAGGAUAUGCGAUGUUGAAAUUGUAAGAUGCAGAAGAUGCAGAAGGAAAAAAGAUUAGAUAAGCACGCGGAAAGGACAAUGGCCGUCUUUGUUGAGAAUAAGAACCUCAAGAAGAACAACUAGUCGCAACAUCGAAAUAAAAUUAGAGUGAGAAGAGGGGGGGGGGGAGGAAGAGAUGUGUCGGUGUUAUGGAGGAAAGAGAAGAGACAAGUUCUUUAUUUGGGAUGCGAGAAGUCAUUGCGCAAAGUGUUAGAAGGAAAGAAAGAGGGAGGAUACGACCGCAGCGAAGGCUUUCCAUCAGCAAGGACCUUCGCUCGCGGGUUGCCGCUGGGCAAGUUUUGAGUUUUUAACGCUUUUUCGUUGAAAAUCGUUCUACAUUGCUGAACGGAAAUAUCAUAUCACUAAUUAAGGCAUCAGAAAUCUAGAAAGUAAGGCUUUAAGUUAAGUAGGCGAUUGUAUAGAGGGUUGUGACAAGGGCGGUCGAUUUGCCCCACGAAUCGCUCUGUAUUGGCAAAGUACUCUCGUCCCUGUAUUCGAUUUUUAAAUAAAUUUUGUUGCUAAAAG